AUGGCCAACACCGACCGGAGAUAUUUUCUGUCCGCUCAAUUAGGUGUCGUGUUCUCCGAAGAAGAAGACGUCGCCGUCGUGUUGUGCAGUGAAGUGUCUUCGGGUGAAAUGCGGAAAUCCGUCAACGUUCAAGUGCAACACUACAAUACAUCAACCGCCUGGUCGCGGGGGCUAAAUGGAAGCCCCCCAGCGGCUCUCACGGUCUUCCUAGUCGGGAGGACUGAAAACCCCGAGCAAGACAAAGUGAUCGCAAAUGAAGUCAAAGAUGAAGGAGAUGUCCUACUUGGAAACUACAAGGACAGCUACAGGAACCUUACCCUGAAAACAGUGCAUGGACUCAUCUGGGCCGGCAUGCAUCUCAAGCCUCUCUACGUCUUGAAAACAGAUGACGAUUGUUUUGUCAACACGAAAGUUCUGAAUGAUGUCUUGACAGGAGACAUAGCCUUUAGACUUAAUCGGCUUGGGUCUCCAGCAAGGCGGGUCGCUUUUACAAUGCUGCAAAAUGUGACGCCGGAGAAGAAGGUUGUAGAUGCAAAAACUUUAACAGUCGAAACGCCCUUGUCUAUGUUUUCAGGGUUUCAGGAAUAUUCUUCGGCACUCUAUGUGGGAAGUAUCCGUUGGGAAAACGAAGUCGUACGCGAUGCAAAAAACCGUUGGUACGUUUCGGAGCAGGACUUCUCGGCGAGCCAGUAUCCGCCCUACCCCAGCGGUGCAGGAUACGUCCUUGAUGCUACCGCACUGAGCCUGUUCAUCAGAACUGUGCGCUAUGUGCGGCCGUUCGCGAAUGAGGAUGCCUACGUAGGAUCCGUAUUAAAUGAAGCCGGAGUGGAACCUCAACAUAGCUCCAGGUUUUCGGCGAGGACGUCUAGUUUCUGGACGUGCAACUUGCUGUACCUUGUGGUGAUUCACGGUGUCCAGCCGGCGGAACAAGCAGGGCUCGUGAAAAGGGUGCAGGAGGCCAAGCAAGAGUGUCGUGGACUUGAAGUAGAGCUCGGUUGGAACUGA